GGACGCAGAUUUAGUUAUAAAAAAAGAAAGACUUGCAGCGGAAAUGGAAUAUUUAGUGCUCCUCCCGGUGUCAGUCCCCAUCAUGUUAAAUCAUCCAUUAUCCGUCGCAAUACAAAUGGAUCUCGAUUAAUUUUUGUAUGGCCACAGAAACCACCUAGAAGUAGAUUGUUAAGAAUUUUAGCUCCGCUCAUGCAUGGCAUUCUCAUUGGUUUUUUAUUUAUGGAUGCUAUUCAUCUUUGGCCAGGAGAAUUUUUACCUACAUCGUUGCCUUCUAUAAUACCUGUUCCUUUACCACCUGUAAAAUGUAAUGUAAUUGAACCACGAUGGUUUGACAAUAGUUAGAUAAUGCAAUAUUUUCAUUUUUUUGAUUUUGAAGUCGCGUAAUUUAAAUUCUUUUUUCAUUAUUUAAAAUAUACAAAAUAAAUUAUAAGAAAAAUUAAAAUGUAAAAGAAAUAUAUUAAAACACAAAAUUAUAAAAAAAAUUGUUUUUAAUAAUAUAUAAAUAUUAAUGAUUAAAUAACCUAUAAAUGUUAACAAUUUUUUUGUGUAAAAAUAUGCUUAUGCGCAUCAUUAUAAUAUAGUUAAUACUUGGGAAAGAGUGAAUACGAAAGAUAUAUUUUGAGCAGUGAACAAAAAUGUCAAAUCAAUAUCUAUUUCAAAAAUGUGGAUUUUUGCGUGCACCUUUUGCUAUUGGUGUUGGUCGUUAUGUGUGUCAAUUACAAAGAGUAACUAUAAAAUUUUGUAAAAAUCACGGUGCUAGUCUUGGAGCUAGGAAUUUUAUAGAACAUGAUUUAAUUAAUUAUGCAAAAGAAAAUCCUGGAGUUGUAGUAUAUGUCAAACCAAGAAGACAUAAACAUCCAAUUUUAAAAGCGGAAUAUUUAAAUGGAGAGACACAUUGGAUGUCUAUUGCUAAUUAUAGUAGAGAGGAUAUUAUACAAUGGAUGGAAUUAUUAAAAACUCAGUAUCAUAAUGGUCCAGAUUACAGAUUACUUAAAUUAUGGCACACAGAUUUUCCUUCUAUUCAAGGACCUUGGACACCUUUUACUUUUAAAGAAUCAUCUUUGAAUCAAAUUCAAUUUCCAAAUAAAAAAAUUGGGGAAUAUAUUAAAUUAGAACCAACAGCUACAGAGGAAUUGAUUAGGUUGUUUAAAGAACAACAAGAAGCUGAAAAGCUCAAUGAAGAAAAUAAGAUUCAAGAAAAUAUUAGUUAAAUGAUAAUUUUCAAAUGUUAAAUAAUUAACUGAAAAUUAACAUAUACUGAAUCAAAAUUACUAUAGCUUCUCAAAAUAACAUUUGAUUUGUUUAUUUUUAUAUAACAAUAGAAAAAAUUAUAUUUAUUUAAUAUUUCAAUAGAAAGAAAACUUUUAUAUAUCCAAUCAUUAAAAUUAUAUAAUUAUUAUUAGAUUGUGAUUAUUAAAUAAAAUUAUAAAAUAAAUAUAUAAUUUAUAAAUUUACUUGAUUAUUUAUUAGUGCAUAUAAAUAUUUUUCAGGCUUUACUAUAUAAUAAAAUUUUGCAUAAAAUUAAUGUAUUUAAAUUAUCAAAUAUAAUGUAUGCUCCAGACAAUCACAUAAAUAACAAUCAUAUAAAUAUUUA